AUCUGUGAUGGUAGAUGUAGAUGUAGUAUUUGCAGCAAUAAUACAGCUCUAUAUUGGAACACACGCACACACAUUAAUUGAACUUGGUACUUAUGCUGGCAUAGCUGGCGAGGGAGAAGUGAAGAAUCAAUGGAGUGGGUAAUUAAUUAGUUAAUGCCAGUUGGAGCGGAUGGAUUGAAUGAGAGAGAGAGAGAGAGGGGUGUUGAUGAGAUGAGAAACCAGCUGUGUUGAUGGGAAACCAGUUGGAGCGGAUAAGGAAGGUAGACUGCGGAGCAAUGGGAAAAGCCACCUCACCCCAUCCAUCAAAUAACCAUGAUAAUAAUAAUAAUGGAAAAGAACAAAAAGGGAGAGGAGAGGAGAGUCGAGUCGAGUCUUGUCUAUCCUAUGAUUGAAGUUAGUUGUUAAUUAAUCUGAAAUGCAAUUCAUGGUGGAGGACAGAGUGAGAGAGUGUGGUUGAUUUAUUAGAUACAAUUUUCUCAGGGGGGAGACUGACUGGAAUUGGAAUUGGUAGAAUUGGAUUGAUUGAUUGAUUGAUUAUGCAAGUAUUAUAUGUAUCCAUUCAUUCAUCCACCCCAAUUAAUUACUGUACAAUAUAAUAGGUGUAAUUAAUGUCAACUCUGUCUGUCUGUCUGUCUGUCUGUAUCCCUGUUGUGUUGCGGGGAGUUAAUAUUGAAUAGCCUUUUUCACCCUGCCACUGCUCACAAACACUUGAUUCAUCACAAGUACAAAUACGAAUACAAAUAAACAGAUAAAUGUCUGUGGCCGGCCAUGCAUAUGCAUAUCCAUCUUUCUUCUAGUUUGUUUCACCCUCUUUCUUGUCUUCUUCUACUUCACUUCCGAUAAUACCCAUAUGGAUAUUAUUAUUAUUAAGAAAGAAAGAAAGAAAGCAAGAAAGAAUGAAUGAAUGAUCCUUUCUUGUAGUUUACACUGACAAAACGCACACCACCGAAUCAAUCAAAAUACAAGACACAGACAAAGAAGAAGAAGAAGAAGAAGAAGAGCAGCUGCAAUACCAAGGCCCCAUCAUCGGCGACUCCAAUGUCUGCCAUUCGUCCUCUCUCUCUCUCUCUCUCUCUCUCUCUCUCUCUCUCUCUCUCUCUCCUCCUCCCUCUUCUCUCCCAUCCUUCAAAAACCCUUCUUUUUUCCUCUCCUUUUCUUUUCUGUUCCUUUAAUUAAAGCCCUCAAAUCAGUUCCUUCUGGCAUGCCUCAUCUCCAUUCCUUGCUUCCUUCUCCAGAGCUUCAUUGACUGAUUCGUUCAAAAUUGGACUGGACAUGGAGAAGAAGACCAAGUCGGGCAGAUAUAACAAUACCAACAACAACAACAACAAUCAUACUAACAAUAAUAAUAAUAAUAAUAAGAGGCGUGCGGACCCGAAUCGAAGCCUGGAAACGCUCUUGGUUUUGGACAAAAAUGUUAAAGGGCAGAAAACCACCACCACUGCCGCCGCCACCCAGCAGCCGACGAGAAAGCUGAUCCCCGGGCACGGCCUCGAAUUCAACAACUUAUCCUACAGUGUACUGAAGAAACACAAGUCGAAAGACGGUGGUGCCUGGAUCAACAAGGAAAUCUACCUUCUCAACGACAUCUCCGGGCAGGCGAUGCGCGGCGAGAUCUUCGCCAUUAUGGGGCCCAGCGGAGCCGGGAAAUCCACUUUCCUCGACGCCUUGGCCGGCCGGAUUGCGCAGGGGAGCCUCCAAGGCUCUGUCAGAAUCGACGGCAAGCAAGUGACGACGAGUUACAUGAAGAUGAUCUCAUCGUACGUUAUGCAAGACGACCAGCUCUUCCCCAUGCUCACCGUCUUCGAGACCUUCAUGUUCGCUGCAGAAGUGCGGCUUCCUCCUUCCGUCUCCACGCUCGACAAGAAGAAGCGAGUCAUCGACCUUCUCGACCAGCUCGGCUUGACUAGUGCAACGCACACGUACAUCGGCAACGAAGGCACGAGAGGGGUCUCCGGAGGAGAAAGGAGAAGGGUCUCAAUCGGCAUCGACAUCAUACACAAACCAUCGCUCCUGUUUCUCGACGAGCCCACCUCAGGACUCGAUUCCACCAGCGCCUUCAGCGUCGUCGAGAAGGUCAAGGACAUCGCCAAGGGCGGCAGCAUCGUCUUGAUGACGAUCCACCAGCCCUCCUUCAGGAUUCAGAUGCUCCUCGACCGUAUCACUGUCCUCGCAAGAGGUAGACUGAUAUACCUGGGGAGCCCAGCCGAUCUCCCGGCCUACCUUUCCGGAUUUCAGAGGCCGGUUCCGGAAGGCGAAAACCCGACAGAGUAUCUCCUUGAUGUCAUCAAAGAGUACGACGAAUCCACUGUAGGACUCGAUCCGCUUGUUCUGUAUCAGCGCGAUGGGAUCAAGCCGGAUCAAGUGGCUAGAACUCCAGUUCCAAAAGGGCCGAGAAGGCCUAAAACUCCGAUGAUGACUCCUCAGGGAAGGAGUCCAUGGAUGAAGCAUAUAAGCCUUCGCAGCACUCAGUUCUCCAACGGAAACAUGAAUGCUCGAGCAGACUCACGAUCAGGACAGUUCGAUUCCAACGAUGAUGAUGAUGAUGACGAAGAAGAAUUCGAUGCCUCCCUGGAACGGAAAAGCAGCAGAACAACACGGACACAUGUGAGCUUCCAGAGCGGAGUCUACAACCAGCGUUUAGCUUCUCACUUCUACAGAGACUUCUCUACGUGGAUCUAUCAGGGUGUCACAGGGACACCUCGCCGGCCUCCGACGUGGACUCCGGUGAGAACUCCGACGCAAACUCCUGGAAAAACACCGAUGUCUAGUUCAAGAAGCUACUUUGCUCCACCCCCGCGUGCAGUGAGGUAUCAGACUCCAGUCUUUAGCCCGGCAACUGAUUCGAAUACGCAGUCUUUUGAGGAGUUCACCGUAGCAGAAGAAGUGCUCGAUGAGCCUGAGAACAGGAAAAAAUUUGCCAAUCCAUGGCUUCGAGAAGUGGCAGUUCUGUCGUGGAGAACUGGGCUGAAUGUGAUACGAACGCCGGAGCUUUUCUUGUCCAGAGAGAUUGUACUCACUGUCAUGGCACUGGUGCUGUCAUCUCUGUUCAAGAAUCUCCAUGGACAUGACUUCAAAACGAUCAACAAGCUUCUGAAUUUCUACAUAUUCGCCAUAUGCCUUGUGUUCUUCUCUUCCAACGAUGCUGUCCCGACAUUCAUCCAAGAGAGGUUUAUCUUCAUCCGCGAGACAUCCCACAAUGCGUAUCGAGCUUCUUCUUAUGUCGUCUCCUCUCUGUUAGUGUACCUCCCGUUUUUCGCAAUCCAGGGGUUCACAUUUGCAGCAAUCACGAGGUACAUACUCCGACUGCACAGCAGCAUCGUAUACUUCUGGUUGAUCCUCUAUGCUUCGCUCAUAACAACGAAUGCCUAUGUGAUGCUCGUGAGCGCGAUGGUGCCGAGUUACAUCACUGGUUAUGCGGUAGUGAUCGCCACGACAGCUCUCUUUUUCUUGACGUGUGGAUUUUUCUUGAAGUCAUCGAAAAUCCCGAUUUACUGGAAAUGGCUGCACUAUAUAUCUGCAAUCAAAUAUCCUUUCGAGGCGCUGCUGAUAAGUGAAUUCAAAGGCACAAGGUGUUACAAAGGCAAACCUGAAGAACUCACACCGGGGCCUCUGGGAGACAUCAGAAUCAGCCAACUGCACAACACAUCGAUCACCGAGCUCAAACCAGACUGCAUGUUGAUUGGGGAAGAUAUAUUGUUCACCAUGGGCAUCCAUAAGAUAGAGAGUAUUUGGGUUGAUAUAGGCAUUCUGCUGGCAUGGGGUGUUCUUUAUCGACUCUUCUUCUACGUCGUUCUCAGGUUUUACUCCAAGAAUGUGAGAAAAUGAAGCAUCAAUUGCCAGUGCAUUACUUACUCUUUUCAAUCUAAAUGUCUGCAACUAUUCAAAUAGAUAUGGCUGUACUUGUUUGGUUCAAAGAGUUACCUCAAAGGCAAGAUUGAGCUCCCAGGCGCAAAGGUAAGAAUCAGUUUUGAUUCCAACAACUUUCAGAUUCUUCACGACGAAAUGAAUUGUUCUUCUGAUGUAACAUGUUUUAAGCAGAGGCCAAAGAAACAACAUCAACUUCAUUACCAAUUUUUGUAAUAGACUUGUAACGUUCUGCACCUGCAUCUGUUACUGCCUGCUUGCCCUUGAACCCCCGAGCAGUGGCUGCGCCUGUGCGGUUCGUCUGCAUUUCUUUAUAGCAUGAUUCUCAUCACAACAUGAUUUGGACAUGAUAAUAAACAUUUAGGCUUAUACAAUCUAAUGCUGCUGAGAGAAAAGACAAAAUGAUCUGUGGAAAAACCUGCUAAGUGUUCAUAUAAAAAGCCAUGGAUUGGAUGUGAUCAUCCAUGACAAAAUUCCAUUGAUCAACUAUGAAAACAAGGUCAUUUCACAUACAAAUUGCUCGUGCUUGAAAAACAUAUUGGCUUAUACAUAGAUUCUUA